AUGAAAUCCACUUUUAAAAGGUUUUCAUCUACUCAUAUAGGUAAAUUGAUCAAAGAGUCUUUAAAUACCCCUGAAAUACUACCACAGCUGGAGCGGAAGUCAUCAUUGCAUAAACAUUUCCUGAACGCCAAGAGAACAAACUCAAUUACUGAUAAGUGGUUGAAGGAUGCAUUGACAAGAAAAGAUAAACUACAUGAAGAUGAACUUCGAAAUGUAAAUCUACGAUUGACCGUAGUACUGACUACUUUACAGAAGCUUCGAACAACUUAUAAGCCGGCCUCAUAUUUCGCAUUGUUGAAUCGCAUUGGUACAGGCCAUAUAAAAUGGCUAAAUAAAAGGGGCCAACAAAUCGAUACACCGAUAUAUGGUCGCUUGCCCUUAGAGUUUUAUCACGAAUUAUCUAACAUGCUCUAUAGUAUAUCACUCCGACGUGCAAAUGACAAAAUUGCAUUAGCUAAAUUUUCACUGCAGUUACUCGAUCGUUAUUAUUACCUUAAAACCAAUUCUUUCACUGGCAAAAAGAAAUUCCAAUCGAACCCCAAGUUUUUGAGAAACUGUGGCCUAUUAGCCGUUAAAUCAGAGUCGAUCUACUAUUUAAAGGCGAUGCAAGAGCUAUUUAGGGAAAACGCGGAAGGUCCGUUGUUGACAAGCUUAACUCAGUUGGCAUUUUAUGUGGAGACGCACCAGUGGACAAAUGUAUUGGACUGUGUGUAUUCGUGUAUUGUGGAUUUUGAUUCAGUAAUCUCGAAAACUCAUGAUAGGGAUAUUCAAACGUUAGAAUUAUUCAGUUCAUAUUUGGUUAAAAGUUUAGAACUAUUAAUAACACAAGAUAUGGAGAACGAAGUUUGCCAGAUUUUGACAAGCUUAUCUUCUAGGUGGAACUUUCAUUUCGACGAGCAUGAUUCUUCGAAUUUGUUACAACUAUGUGAAAACCAUUCCUGCUUCAAAAUCAUUGAAACUUUGAACAAAAUAUCAUUUGUCUCUGUUGAAACUAGGCAUCUUGAAAUGAUAAACUCAUCAUCCGAGAUGAGUUUGAAACAAUGUGUGAAUUUCCUGGCCAAAAGGAACUUUCAGCCUUUCGAGCAAAAGUCAUUUCUUCAUUCAUUAUCGUUCAAAUUAAAGGAGUUACCUUUGAGUGUAAAAGUAUGGGAACAGUACAUCGAUGAAUUUGAUGCCUAUAUGCAGGCAGAAUCCAUUUCUCUUCCGUUACGAGCAUUUUUUGUUGAUAUUUUACUCAAACGUCUAUCUACCCAUAGAGGUUUUAAUUUCACGUUAUCAAUUGUAGAGCAUAUGAUAUAUGAAAGAAAUUUAUGGCAGCCAUUCUUAAUGACAGAGAAUAUAAUUGAUAACAAAGAAAAUUCCAACUUCCAUUAUCUCUUUCACGCUAUGUCUCGAGCCCCUUCCACCAAGAUUUCUCUGCUGACACUGUUCAACCGAUUGAAGGAAACUGGCUAUCAAUUUAGCAUACAUGAUUUUCUUUCGAUGUUAAAGCCUUGCAAACGCUAUUCUGAUUGCGAUUAUUUCUAUUUCGUUUUCUAUAAUUUGUUGUCUAUACACAGUCACAAAUUCCUUUACUUCGACAAGUUAAGUGGUAAGUAUUUAUGGAGACUGCCAAACCAGAUUGUAGAUGCGAUUUCUGGAUGGCUUUCUAAUUUGGAAAUUGGUCUACAGGAAAAUACUGAUAGGGUUGUGCAGAUAACAGACGAUGUUAAUGAAUGGUAUGUCGCAGAGAGAUUAAAUCAUUUAGAAGAAACUACUAUUCGACCAAUAGACAAAAUUAAAUUGCGUAAUGUUUUUGGGGAGCAAGAGACAUUUUUCGAUAUGGAUUCUGAAACUUUUCAAGAUUGUGAAGAGAAAAGAGGUGAAGAGGUAAGACCGCAACAUUCAUUUAGCGCAAAGGAUGGACAGUAUAGUCUAGAGUUAGAUCUCUCAUAUUCAGAAAGAAUAGAAGACUUGCUUUGUUAUAUAAGCUCUCAAAAACAGCAAUGA